AUGCCCUACGUACCACCUAAAACGUCUACAUAUAUUACAACGUCUCUAACUAUAAAACAAGUUAUCCCUACUACAUGUAUUGGACAUACGCGGAACUGUGAAUGUCCCAUUGUUGAAGUUAUAAAUUUGACAUUAUCCACAACCGUUAAUGCAAAAAAUAAAUCUGAAUCUCAAAUAACAGCGACACGUGACACUGCAAAUAAUAGCGCUGUCUUAAAAACUAGACAACUU